AUGCCUCCCAAGAAGACCGAAGGCGCUGCUGCCCCCAAGGCCAAGUCCGCCAGCACUCACGCCAGCUACCAGGACAUGAUCACUGACGCCAUUAUUGCGCUCAAGGAUCGAAAUGGUUCCAGCCGUCAGAGCCUCAAGAAGUAUGUCAAGGCCAACAACAACAUCACUACCACCGACAACAUGUUCGACUCCCUGUUCAACAAGGCCCUGAAGUCUGGUGUUGAGAAGGGCGUCUUCGAGCAGCCCAAGGGUGCUUCCGGCGGUACCAAGCUGGCGAAGAAGGCUGCUAAGCCCGCUCCCAAGAAGGAGGCCAAGAAGCCUGCCGCCAAGAAGGAGACCACUGCUAAGAAGCCCGCCGCCAAGAAGGCUGCUCCCAAGAAGACCGCUACCAAGAAGGAGCCCAAGGAGAAGAAGCCUGCUGCUGCCAAGAAGGCUGCUGCCCCCAAGAAGGAGAAGAAGGCUGCCGCUCCCGCUGUCGUUGACAAGCCCACCACGCUGAGCAAGACCAAGUCUGGCCGCGUCACCAAGACCACCACUAAGCCCGCCGCCAAGAAGGCUGCACCAAAGAAGGCCGCACCCAAGAAGGAGAAGAAGGAGAAGCCCGCCGCCGCCGCAUGA